AGACCGCGAAAGCACGGAAACCUCGUUAAUUCUCCUUUAGAUCUGGACACUUUUGCUGAACACACAGAGAGGAAGUUGAGAUAACGGAGGUCAUGUCUUCCGCACCGUCAUACGGGCAAAGUCUUCCGGACCAGGUUGACACACUCGCUAGUCUGUCCGAUACUCAGCUAGAGCUGCUGUCUGAUGUUCGCGAUCUAUACCGCGAACGGGUCGCGAUAGAACGCGAGUACGCCACCAAGCUGCAAUUGUUGGCCAAGAAAGCUGCCGAUAAGAAGGCAAAGAAAAUAGUCGCUCUAGUAGUUGGCCAUGAGCCCGCCAAACCAGCGCAAGACAGCGCCAUUCAGAGCAGCACCCUGAACCGCGCGUAUUCUCAACUGGUCUCUUCCAUAGGAGAAGCGGGUCAGGACCACAUGAACUUAGCUGAUUCUCUGAAUACACAGGUCGUUGAAGCACUGAAAACGACGGAGAAACGCCAUGACGAUGCCAAGAAACGUCAGAUGCAGUACUUCCAAAAAUUGCUUUCUGAAAGAGACAAGGCGUACAAUGACCGCCUAAAGACCAAACAGAAGUAUGACGAGGAAUGUUCCGAAGUGGAGACAUAUCGUCAGAAGCAGGAGCGCUCUACCGACGAUAAACAUGCUGAACGCGCAGCGAAACAAUUUGAGCAGCAGCAGAUCGACAUGCUGAAUAGCAAGAACGUGUAUCUGAUUGCGACCGUUGUUGCAAACCGGACCAAAGCGAAGUUCUAUGGAGAAGACCUCCCCGUGUUAGAGGACCAAUUCCAGCUUCUCCACACCCAGCUUCUCCGCAAAUUUGCAGACAUUGUCAUACAGGCUCAGACGCUUGAGAGCCACUACCUUGACGUUCUCAAGGCACAUGUUACUCAGACGGAGACAGCAUUCCAGGAGGUUGAUCCGACGAAAGAUCAGGAAACUUUUAUCGACCACAAUGUCAUUCAGUUCUCUGCCCCUUCGGACUGGACGUUCGAACCAUGUGCAGUUCACUAUGACACCUCGGAUAUGAGCGUGGAGCCUGCACCAAAAGUCUAUUUGCAGAACCGACUCGCCAAAUGCAAACAAAAGCUCCAAGAACUCGAACCCGUAAUGAAGGUCAAACGCCAGGAGGUCGAACAGGCCUCAAAGCUCGUGAGUACCUACACCGAGAAGCCCACCCUCGGCAACGUGGAAGAGGUCUCCGACGCUUAUCUGGAUGCUCAACAUGAGUUAUCGUUCUAUGCAAUUUCGGAGGCUGUGCUCCGCGCAGAGAUCGAAACCAUCUCUGCGGCGCUAGGAGGUGACGAGGGUGCACAGAGCCCACAUACUUUCAAGAGCUCUUCUUUCUCCAUACCCACGCAGUGCGCCUACUGCAAGUCGUCUAUUUGGGGGCUGAGUAAGCAGGGUAAGACCUGCAAGGCCUGUGGCAUUUCGGUCCAUGCGAAGUGCGAGUUGAAGGUUCCAGCCAACUGCGGUGCACCCAAAGGCGGACACGGCCACCACUCUCACCUUUCAAUUUCCUCCAGCCUAUCUCGCUCUCGCUCGGACUCCCGGGCUUCUAGCGCUUCGACUGUUUCGACCGCAGCUCCGUCGUCGUUCGUGCCACCCGACCGAGCUUCUGUUCUCUCCGAGGAAACCCACCCCUCUGCACGUAUUAUCUUCGAAUUCACGCAGACCUCGCCAUUUGAACUUUCGGUGCAAGAGGGCUCUGUCGUGCAUAUCGUGGAAGAGGAUGACGGCUCUGGAUGGGUCAAGGUUAUGGACGAAGCCGGUGCAAAGGGCUUGGUACCUGCAUCCUACCUUGAGUUUGUCGAUCCGUCAGAAGCGGCACAGAGCGCUCCUCUAGCACCCGCGCGAGGUCGUACUCAACAGGCCUCCAAGAAAUCUGUCCGUGGCAUCUAUGAUUACACUCCACAAGGGCCGGAUGAAAUUGCGGUGGAAGAGGGACAAUUGAUCGAGCUGACUGCUGGGCCUAAUGGAGGUCAGAACUACGCUGAUGGCUGGUGGGAAGGUCUAGAUGCGAGUGGGAAAAAGGGCAUCUUCCCAAGCAACUAUGUCGAACUAGUGCCGUAAGGGCAAGGCCACAAUUGGUUCGCGGGCUCGAGUGGCUGCGAACCUUGACUUAUUCGAUCUGCAUUAAUCACUUCGGAACUAUUGCCCAGCUUGGUAUCGCCAAUCAUAGCGUGCGUCGGCGGCAAGGCCUGGACCUUUCUCCGUAUUAUGCUUCAGAAUGUUAUCAGUUUUCCGUAGAAAGGCUCGGACAGUGGCCACCGCGCUGUGAAAAUAUUGUGUAUCGAGUCGGUAGGCUUAACUUCGCGUGUCUGCAUUAUUU